AGGCAAAGUGGGGAGUGAGGAAGGGAAAACAAACAUUCUGAGAAGGAACUGUUCCGUCCCCCGAGCUGACAGCGCCCGCUCUUUGUUUUGUGAUGACUGCUCCCUGGCCUUUUGGUUCCGAGGGAGUGCAGGGCAGCAGUGUGAAGACCUGUUUACGUCCACUCCCCACUCCCCGGGGCUGGCUUAUGGGCGGAUUCACUGUGGUAUUCACAGAGCCCGGGACAGAGCCUGGCAGGAGGCAGAUGGAUGCUCGUGCCCGUCGGCUGGAUGAAUGAAAGGUGAGCAGCAAAGGCGAUACCAGGAUCGUCCACGGCGGGACUGGAGGAGGAGAAUGGGACUGUGAGGAGCCUGCGAGAAGAAUCUGAAAGUGUCUGUGUGAUGGAGGGAGACAUGGAAAAGGGGACGUCCUAGCGGCUGGAACUGGGGCGGAGGAACGGGAACAGGGAAGGCCUGAGUUAGGGACCACAAAGGUUUUCAGGAGAAAAGUGGGGCAAGCCGAGAGGCCUGAUGCACUGGGCGUCCUCUGAGAGGUGAAGGAGCACUGUGUGGUCAGAGGGCUGUGAGCUCUCUGUUUGGGUUCCGAGGAAGACAGAAUGGGUUGAACUGGAACUGACCUAAAUGUCAGCAAGAGGAGAGUCUCACCCUGUUGCUUAGGCAGAUGGUGUGAUCUCGGCUCCUGGGUUCAAGCGAUUCUCCUGCCUCACCUCCUGAGUAGCUGGGAUUACAGUCGUCCAGCAUGCUCUGCCCACCCCAUGCCGAGGUGCACUGACCAUGAGCCUCAACUCCUCCCUCGGCUGCAGGAAGGAGCUGAGUAACCUCACUGAGGAGGAGGGCGGCGAAGGGGGCGUCAUCAUCACUCAGUUCAUCGCCAUCAUUGUCAUCACCAUUUUUGUCUGCCUGGGAAACCUUGUCAUCGUGGUCACCUUGUACAAGAAGUCGUACCUCCUCACCCUCAGCAACAAGUUCGUCUUCAGCCUGACCCUGUCCAACUUCCUGCUGUCCGUGUUGGUGCUGCCUUUUGUGGUGACGAGCUCCAUCCGCAGGGAAUGGAUCUUUGGUGUAGUAUGGUGCAACUUCUCUGCCCUCCUCUACCUGCUGAUCAGCUCGGCCAGCAUGCUAACCCUCGGGGUCAUUGCCAUCGACCGCUACUAUGCUGUCCUGUACCCCAUGGUGUACCCCAUGAAGAUCACAGGGAACCGGGCUGUGAUGGCACUUGUCUACAUCUGGCUUCACUCGCUCAUUGGCUGCCUGCCACCCCUGUUUGGUUGGUCAUCAGUGGAGUUUGACGAGUUCAAAUGGAUGUGUGUGGCUGCUUGGCACCGGGAGCCUGGCUACACGGCCUUCUGGCAGAUCUGGUGUGCCCUCUUCCCCUUUCUGGUCAUGCUGGUGUGCUAUGGCUUCAUCUUCCGUGUGGCCAGGGUCAAGGCACGCAAGGUGCACUGUGGCACAGUCGUCAUCGUGGAGGAGGAUGCUCAGAGGACCGGGAGGAAGAACUCCAGCACCUCCACCUCCUCUUCAGGCAGCAGAAGGAAUGCCUUUCAGGGUGUGGUCUACUCGGCCAACCAGUGCAAAGCCCUCAUCACCAUCCUGGUGGUCCUUGGUGCCUUCAUGGUCACCUGGGGCCCCUACAUGGUUGUCAUCGCCUCCGAGGCCCUCUGGGGGAAGAGCUCCGUCUCCCCGAGCCUGGAGACUUGGGCCACAUGGCUGUCCUUUGCCAGUGCUGUCUGCCACCCCCUGAUCUAUGGACUCUGGAACAAGACAGUUCGCAAAGAACUACUGGGCAUGUGCUUUGGGGACCGGUAUUAUCGGGAACCAUUUGUGCAACGGCAGAGGACUUCCAGGCUCUUCAGCAUUUCCAACAGGAUCACAGACCUGGGCCUGUCCCCACACCUUACGGUGCUCAUGGCAGGCGGACAACCCCUGGGGCACAGCAGCAGCACGGGGGACACUGGCUUCAGCUGCUCCCAGGACUCAGGGACAGAUAUGAUGCUGCUUGAGGACUACACGUCUGAUGACAACCCUCCCUCUCACUGCACUUGCCCACCCAAGAGAAGGAGCUCGGUGACAUUUGAGGAUGAAGUGGAACAAAUCAAAGAAGCUGCCAAGAACUCGAUUCUUCAUGUGAAAGCUGAAGUACACAAGUCCUUGGACAGUUAUGCAGCAAGCUUGGCCAAAGCCAUUGAGGCCGAAGCCAAAAUCAACUUAUUUGGGGAGGAGGCUUUGCCAGGGGUCUUGCUCACAGCACGGACUGCCCCGGGGGCCAGCUGUGGGGGCCGCCGAGGCAGCAGAACUCUUGUGAGCCAGAGGCUGCAGUUGCAGAGCAUCGAAGAAGGAGAUGUUUUAGCUGCCGAGCAGAGAUGAGGGCCUCAGGGUGCCCUGGGGCUGCAGCCCGAGAAGCCGGCCCGGGGAGGAGUUCCCAUCACCGCCUGUGCCGCAGCCUUGGGAGCAUGUCACUGUGUACAGCUGGCCACACACAGGGAAGGAGCAGCAUCUGGUAUGCAGCCACCAGGACAAGGACUGAAAAUAAUGUCUACAGUCCACGGCUUCAGCGCUUCCAGAGACCACAUGUGAGCUUCUUUUAGGUCCCAGUGAUGGGACCAGAAGCAUCUAAAGCAAAAAAAAAAAAAAAAAGGCAUCUAGAGAUGUGGCUGUGUGGCUUUUUGGGAGGUGGGGCAUGGGAGGACCAGAGACGAAGGGCUUGGAAGGAGACCCCCUCAUGCAUCAUUUCCUCUUCUUCGCACUGUGUGCUGGGAGUCCAGCCGUGCACUGCGCCAGACGCCUCAGGAGGAGAACCCUCCCCAGUGUACUGUGGAAGAUGACACAGCACUUCUUCUUAAUGACACACGACCGUCCUAGUGCCUCUACAUGGUUGAUGCGGGCAGUGUGGGACCCUCAGUUGUAGGACUGGUCCGCAGAGAGAGCACCCAGGAGCAGAGCGCUUCGGAGCCGUCCUCAGUGGCGCCACCUGCUGGUGCUAAUAGGGACAGCCACAGGCCUCUUGAAGACUGGCCCGCCCUGCCCACUUGCCUACUGACAAGUUCUUUGGUAUUUCGAAAGGGAGAAACCACUAUAAAAGACAAGAGGAAGGGCAAGAGAAACUAGGCGUUUCAUUUCCAGAAUUAAAAAAAAAAUUUAAGACGUACCACUGUUUUACCGGACUGAAUGGGACUGUAGUGCCAAGCACAGCCAGGAAAUAGAGAAAUUGUUAUUAUGGAAGGGAAUUUGUUCACAUGGGAAAGCCUCAUUAAAUAGAUUCUGUGUGCGAUGUUUGAGUGACCAAUGAAAAUAGCUGGCCUCGGUUCUGCAUGGCGCACUCCCAAGAGCAACAGUUACUAUUAUCACAAGCCUGGCAUAAAAUAAGAUAGAAGCAGCCCUGGACCCAGAGCCAGCAACCUGGGUUAUUGGCCCAGCUCUGUCUUUAUGUGCUCAUGUCAUUUGGGACAUCUUGUCACCUUUCUAGGUCCUCUGUAAAGUGGGAAAACGGAGUGGAGUUGGAUUGAAUGGUCUCCAAGAUCAUUUCCAGCUCUGAUCUUUGGUGUGCUCAGGAUUUGUAAAGCAGAGGUAGGUAAAACACAAAAGCAGAUCCAUGGACCGACAUUUGUAUAACUUUGGAGUGUGGUUGCUCAUGCACAUGUGAAGUGCAGCCAGAUCAAGGUUCUGUGGCCAUGUCUGCCCUGUCCGUUAGAGCACAAUCUAGAUAGAAUGCCAGCCACCAAGAUGCGUGAGGGGCAGGGUCACCAUCUCAGAAGGGGAAGCACAGGAAUGUGACUGGGAUGGUUAAACGUCUCUUCUCCUCCCUUUGUGUUGGAACAGCAGUUGAAGUUUGGUCCUGGAGUAAUUGCUGUGAUGACUUGGGAAGCCAUUGAUCUCCUCUUGCGUCUGCCCUUGGCCUGCAUCAUGACUAAAUAAGUUCAGGACUUCUCUGCUUUGGUUGGCAGGUAGAUUCCAAGGAGAUCUUGCUGGUUGCUAAGAGACAGCUAUUCUAGAAAGUGAAUUGCCCUUGUGGUGUUUUCUUUGGGGCCCAGCUAGCUCCUGGUGAGGUUGUAUUUUUGUGUUGUGUGGCAGAAACCAAUGGUUAGCUGGUCCCCUGGUCUGCAGUUUGUAAAAGACCUUUCAUGAGGCCUGGAGUCUUGCUACCUGUGGUGACUGAACUCAGCUAUUCUGGGUCACCUGGAUGCCAGGCACUGGCCUAGCUUCUGGAUGGGAGUGGGAAGGAGCAGAGGGCAGGUUCACCUGUGCAGGUCAGACACUCCACUUCCAUCACUGGAUGGCAUUCCUACAUCUACGUGUGGUUCACGUUUUCUAUAUAUAUUCCCUGUAUAUAUUUUUUUAGCACUUGUCUACUUUCUGAAGGGACCAUAUUCCUGAUCAACUAGUGUGCACAGAGGUGGAACAGGGCAGAGAGACUUUUAUCUCUAGGAUGGGUUGCUGGUUAGCUGUAGGCGUUCUUGAGUGCAGCAGCUUGGCUUUGAAACCUGAGGGUUGGAGAAUGCUCCUCUGACUGUACUAGACUGGGCUCUAGGGAAAGAAUCCUGAGACAGCCCCCCACACCCCCACUGACCCAACACUAGCUGGGAUAUUAUAGAAUUUAAUCUAAAUAAAUCUAGAAAUACUGCAUUUCACAAAAUGAUUCACCAUGUUUCCCUUUUUUUACUGAGGUCCAAUUCAUUUAGUCGUCUGCCAGAUGCUGCACAUCCACUGUAUGUGAAGCACCAGGCUAGGCUCUGUAGGCAAUACCACUAAAGUGUGCACCCUGAUUUAGGGAGCAGGACCUGGGGAUACUAUUCUAAUAACUAGCAAAGUCAAGUCGUGGUUAUAGAAAGAAGUGUGGCUUCAGAGGGAGGUGGGUAUUUCCAACUACGGAGUUAGGGAUGGCUCCAUGAGUUAGGUGACAGUUUAAGCUAAGUCUUGAAGGAUGUUUGGCAGCUAGAACCAUAUUUUUCAUAUUCAGGAAUUCAAAAUUUGCCUUUAUUCAGCUAGAGAGAAAGAGCAAGAGAAGGGGCGGGUGGGGGACAGGGAAAAGAGAAUUUUCACAUAUUCUGGAAGUUCCCGAGAGGUAUUUUUGGGGAUAUCUGCCGUUAGUGCAGAAGGUCGAAACCCCAAGUGCCCCCACUAAGCCCAGGCUCAUUAGCUGUAAACUGCCAUGCAGUGGCAGGCCUGCAGCCUUCCUGAUGGAACCACAUGGACAGUGGCACAUGGGACAUUUGGCUACUUGUUAAACAACUCAGUCCUGUGUCUUCUGGUUUUGACAAGACCACAUUUAGGACUGCUGUCCAUCUCUGCCUCUUUCAUUGAGAUUUCUGCCUUACUGGAUCCCUAUGAUAUGCCACAGAUACAAGGUUUGGGGUUGUUUUGACCCAGAAGGCAUUGGGAGUCCUACAUUACAGAGCACACGCACAGCUCAACACAGCCAUUUCCCCGGCCAGAGGCACCAAGACUGAAGUUCAGGCCCUUAGACACUAGGUGGCAGCAGUGUGGCUGUGCAGAGCUAAGGAUGAACCUGAGAGCUGCUUUGCCUCUGGCUGAGAGCUCUUGUUUUGAAUUCCUUUGCCUUUAUCGUGUAGUCCACGGCCUUGGUGACCAAGGACCACCUGGCUAGCCUGCUUACAUGCAUGACCCCAUCCAGGUUCACAGGUAUUGCCACUGAGUGAUCUUAGGUAGAUCACUGCUCCUGGAGAAGCAGAGUUGAGGAGUGUAAGACAAGGGCUAUCUAGUGCCAGUGUUCCUUGAUUCUUAUUUGUGGUCUUUCUGUAAACAAGUGAACAACCAAUGAGACUAAAUAUUUGCAAUAGACAGGCUAAGGAAUUUGGGUUGAGACAGGAGAGGAAAAGUGCUUUGAUACAAUGACAGACUAUCUGUUCAGAUUUCCCUGUAUGAGUAUUUUCCAUCCCAACAACAUGCCUCUUAGAUUACUUGCAGAUUAGACAUGUCUCUGGAUGGACCACAACAUACAUUCACAAUAUGUGUUCAGCCUUGAGCCCUGGCUGUGUCCUGUCUGGAAGGAACUGUGAGGAUGAUGUGGCUAUAAAGAGGAGGCGGUGAGCUGGCAUGUGAAUGCCUUCUGUGGGCCUGACCUGUUUAACAUUUGAGGGCCUAUGAUAAGCUAGGUGCUGUGUUAGGUACUUCCAAAUGCUUUAUCUCAUUUCACUCCAGUGCAAAUGAGAUAUAGUGAGGAUGGUGAAGACGUGGGUAUGGUUAAGUCAUGAGUUCAGAUCCCGUACUUCCACUUACUAUAUGGGUGUUUUCAAACAAGUCAUUACAUAGGAGUUUCCUCAUCUGUGAAGGGAAGUUUAGUCAUCUGUUUCUAGUGGAGACACACAGAAUUGAGGGAGUCCUCCAUCGCAGGGUGAUUGUCUGGAUUCUAUGAGGAAAUACUUGGAAAGCAUGCAGCACAAUGCCUGGGGUGCAGCUGAAGCUGAGCCACUGGUGUUUCUUCACAGUAUCUCUGUGGGGAGGGUGUAUUAUUCUUGUUUUAUAGGGAUCUCUAUAAUGAAGUGGGAAUCUUGAAAAUAUAACUGUUAUCCAAGAUGGGAGGUGUUAAAGGUUGUUGCCUUGGGAAUUGUCAUAUUUGCUGCACAGCAAGGAAGGACUUUCGUGAAAGCAGGGACAUGGUGAGGAAGAGAAGGCAAUGGACAGCGGGGAGGAAAGGCUAAGUAGCAUCUGGAACUUGAGAGGUCUAAGGGAGCCAAAAUGAGAUUUUCUAUUAAAAAUGUCUAUCCUUGGCCGGGCGCGGUGGCUCACGCCUGUAAUCCCAGCACUUUGGGGGGCCAAGAUGGGCAGAUCACCUGAGGUCAGGAGUUCAAGACCAGCCUGACCAAUAUGGAGACACCCCAUCUCUACUAAAAAUACAAAAUUAGCUGAGCGUGGUGGUGGGUGCCUGUAAUCCCACCUCCUCGGGAGCCUGAGGCAGGAGAAUCACUUGAACCCAGGAGGCGGAGGUUGCAGUGAGCCAAGAUCUCGCCAUUGCACUCCAGCCCGGGCAACAAGAGCGAAACUCUGCCUAAAAAAAAA